AUGGCGCAUCACAGGAUGCUUUCUGUAAGGUUUGGAGAAGAAAUCAAAUCUUCUUCGAGAAUGAAGCAUGAUGGGAUUAGAAAUGGCACUCUACGUGGUAACAAGAAGCAGGAUCCAACAUGGGAGGAAAAGCAUAUAACUCCUUCCAAAGGAAGAAUCAACGAAAUGUUUGCAGAGACAAGACUUUAUGAGAGUCCCCAAGGGCAUAUUUCAUUAACAGGUUCUGCAGGGUCGAUUCAGUCUGGUCCUGUUUUCUUUUCGAAUCGAACCCACAAGAGUAUCCAGAGCACAUCAUCAUUGUCGUCAUCAUUUAGAUCUAGUAGAACUUCACUUUCCAGCUCCUCUGGAGGGAAAAUAACGGAGAAGAAGAAAAAGGAGGAAAAAGGAGCAUUGUUUUCUUGUAUGGGACGAAAAUCAUGCAAGAACUCAAGAAGAUCACCGGAACGUGCAAGAGUUAAUGAAGCAUUGAUCAUCGAGAGAGCGUGCGUGGUGGAGAGUCUGCCACAAUUCUGGGCAGAUAAGUACCGACCUGUUUCCCUGAAUGACUUCGUUUGCCACAAACAAGAAGCUCAACUUCUCAAGCAAUUUGUGUCUCUUGAUGAAAUUCCACACGCUCUGCUAAAAGGUCCCCCCGGUACGGGGAAAAGAGCCUUAGCAAUGGCUCUUCUGCGAGAAAUAUACGGCGAGGAGUGUUGGAACGAAGGUAGGCCUACGAAAAUAAGUGUUCCAAUAACGUUCAGUCGUCAUCACGUGGAACUAAACGUAAAUUUGGAGCGGAAUGCUAAGCAUGCUUUGAUUGGGUUAGUGAAGGAAAUGAACUGUAUCUAUGCAGUAACACCCCAAGAUGCCAAUCUCAAUAUCAAGUCAGAUUGUCAAGUGGUAGUUCUCUAUGAGGUUGACAAGGCAGGACAGGACAUCCAGCACAUAAUCUCAUGGAUUAUAGAUUGCCACUCCCAAAUAUGCAAACUAAUACUCUGCUGCCAAGAUGAUGUUGACAUUCCUGACUCUGUGAGGAACCUGCUCAAAGUGAUUGAGGUUCGUCCACCUACUAUUACUCAGAUUGUAGAGAUUCUGUUUGAGAUAGCAAGGAAAGAGGAUAUUCAUCUAUCAAUGAAUUUUGCUGCUAUGAUUGCAGCAAAAUCUAAUCAGAAUCUCAGGCAAGCUAUCAUGGCUCUUGAGGCAUGCAAAGCAUUCAAAUAUCCAUUUUUGAAAGAACAGCCAAUUUCAAUUGGAUGGGAGGAUGUUGUAAUAGAAAUUGCUUCAGAGAUCAUAGCUGAUCCAUCAAAUUCAUGCCUAAUCUCAGUAAGAGAAAAAUUUCAGAAGCUUAUGGAGGAUUUUGUUCACCCAAAACUCAUUCUCCAGAAACUAGUGGAAGAACUUUUGAAAAAUAUCGAAGCCAGCUUAAAAAGGGAACUCUACUAUUGGCACGCUUAUUAUGACAAAAGACUCCCACCUGGAACUAUAGCUUUAAACAAGUUAGCUGAAUUUGUGGCCAAGUUUAUGAGCAUAUACAGAAAGAGCUGUGUCAGCAGGCCAUAUAUGUGAGCAGAUAUGGACUUCUCAUCUUAAUCUGCUAAAUCAAAAGGAGAAUGGAAUUUCAGUAUAACGGUGAUGCGGAGUCCGAGGUUCUCAAUGGGAUCAUCAACAUUGAGCACACCUAUGUAUGAUGAA